AUGCAAGCGACAGAGCGAUUCUCGACCACGUAUGGAAAAAAGGCGCUCAAGGCUCAUAAAGCAACGAACUGCUUGACUGAAAUCAUGAUUGGUUCCGCUGUCCAUUGGGCCCAGGACUGUAAAACCAACGGGCCGUUGGCUGGCAUACCAAUAAGUCUGAAAGACACUAUCGGCGUCGAAGGUUGGGAUGGGUGCAUUGGGUAUUCUGCGUGGGUCGGUAAACCGGCUCAAGAAGAUUCAGCUCUGGUGAAACUUCUGCGCGAUGCUGGCGCCGUUCCAUUCGUCAAAACCAACAUCCCGAUCACCCUCCUCUCUUUCGAGUCCGCGAAUGAUGUGUUUGGUAGAACGACCAAUCCCCACAAGAGCACACACUCCCCGGGAGGAUCAACUGGGGGAGAAGCGGCAUUGCUCGCCUAUGGGGGCUCGCGGAUCGGAAUAGGCACCGACGUUGCUGGAUCCGUUAGGGUACCGGCUCAUUAUUCAGGAAUCUACUCUAUCAAAGCGUCUGUGGGUCGCUUUUUGAAGAUGGGGAGCAGUACGAGCAUGCCUGGUCAAGAGGGCGUUGCUCCUGUCUACUCACCAAUGGCGAGAACUCUGGAAGAUCUUGACUUUUUCUGGAAAGCUAUCUUCAUGAUGGAACCGUGGAAGUACGACCAUUCGUGUCUCCCGAUCCCAUGGAGGACGAUCAACUUGGCCGAUAAACCCCUGAAGUGGGGAGUUAUGUGGGACGACGGUGUCGUUCUUCCCUCACCGGCAUGUAAGCGCGCACUGGAAAUCGUCGUCAGAACUCUGCGAAAAGCGGGGCAUGACGUGGUGGAAAUAACUCCCCCUAGCCCAUACGACGCCCUCAAACUCGGAUCGCGUUUAAUCCUAGCAGACGGCGGAAAAACCGCGACAUCCCCCAUACGGUUCUUCGAAUGGAACGACUCGGGUAUGGUACAAGCGAUGCGCAUGUUCCGGCUCCCCUCUCUGUUGCGGCGUCUGUAUGUCAUGUACAUCAGAUACAUCAAACGCGAUGAGGUGUACGCUGGGCUUUUGGAUGGCUGGCAUGAUAAAGCUGUGGUGGACUUUUGGCCCCUAGUCGCCCAGAGGGAAGCCUACAAAGCGAAAUGGUGGAAGUUCUGGGGGGAUAAUCAACUUGAUUUCAUCCUCACUGUCCCUAAUGCAUUACCUGCUGUUCCUCAUGGAGGAAUGAGGAAUGGAUUUUCAUCGUGUGGAUACACAUUCCUUUUUAAUCUGUUGGAUUACUCUGCCGGUGUGCUUCCUAUCACCCACGUCGAUAAAGACCUUGAUCAACUUGGCGUGUUCUCGCCCCGCAAUGCGAUCGAGAAAGGGGCAUAUAUGGAUUACAAUGCCGACGAUAUGCACGGGCUACCAGUUGGAGUGCAGAUAGUUGGGCAAAGACUGGAAGAGGAAAAAGUCAUGGAAGGAAUGAAAGUUGUAGAAAAGCUCUUGAAGGAAAGUGGAAUGGAGUAUAAACUGCUUGACGGCUGCGAUACGUAG